AUAUGAUGUAAACUGGGCCUCUGUCUAAAUUUUUACGAGCUACGGAACAGAAAGUUGUUGGUUGGGAGACGUGCUCUCAUCAAUGGGCAACGAAAUUAGGGAUGUAUCUCGACAGCGGCAUGAUGUGUGCCGUGACCAAUCACGACUGGCCAAGUGGACCUUGCGCGGCAGAUUCUGGUGGUCCUUUCGUAGAUGGCAGAGGUUAUCAAAUAGGCAUCACGAGUUUCGGCUGGGAAUGCGGAAAGACUCAUGUGGUUCCGGACGUGUACAUCAACGUCGUGAUAUACGCCAAGUGGAUAAGAGAAAAUGCGAAAAUAUAAUUUUAUUAUUCCACAAAUAGAAAUAUAGCUUCGGUUAUGCAUGUUCAAAAUAAAGUUCUAAAUAUAAGGAUAAGGAUGAAAAAAUAAAUCGUAUAACACGUAGGUAGUAUUGAUGGGUAUUUCGCGCUUGCAUCGCGCCCUGAAAAUAGCA